AUGCUUUUUGAAACGAGGAUCAAUUCAGGAGAAUUCGAUUCCAGCACGAGUGGUCACAAGAAAGAGGACGUCCACCCAACACUACGGGUUGCCAUGGUGGGAUUGAAGGACGGCACGGCCGGUCGAGUGGUCAAAGUUCUGAACAGAAUCACUGAUCACGUACAACCGUAUGAGAACUGGAGGAAACUUUUCAAGAUAUUGAUCACAUACGUCUACGAAUUGCAUCAGGCCGUUUUAAUGAGAUCCGGAAUGACGCCACCCGCCCAGAGAUUGCAGCACAGCAGACUGUUCAUCUGGCUGCUGAAGGAGAUCUUUCAACCUGGUCAAGACACUCUCCCAGUCCUCGGUAUCAUUCAGAAGCCUUACCCGGAUUGGAAAGGAGAUCGGCCUUUUGCGAGACUUGGAAGAACGCAGAUCGAACUGAUAGAUUAUUUCUCUGGAGAUGGAGAGCCUGAAGCGGCAGGAAAGGCCGUCUACCUAGUCGCCACCUACCAACAUGAGUACCCAGACCAAUAUUCGAGAUCAAUACCUUCCUCAAGAAUCAUCCGUAAAGAUCCGAUGGCAAAAACCCAGAAACAAGUACGCUUUGAGAAAUGCUUGGCCUCGAUAUUGAACAGACUUCCCGAGAAUUUACCGAAAAAGCUGCAUUCCUACAAUCUUGACAAAGGUGAUCCAGUUCAUCAGCUUAUCAAUUCAUACCGCAUAUCUUUUGAGCAACAAAGAGCAACACACCUCCUCACACCCAACAAGGGGAGGACUCUUCAUCCUUCAUUACCGCUGGCCGGUUACUUCCCACAACAAAUGGAAGGUGUGAUGUUUAUCGAAAUAAUAGACAAGGAAGCAAACAGCCCAGUCAGAACUGAGGCCAAAGAUAUCGUCUUCCCAAGAAUCCUCAAGUUCAUUUGCAAGCUUCAUCUCAAUCUUCUCAACUCAUUGGAUGCAACACCAAGAGAAGACGAGCAAAUAACAUCAGUAAAAGAACUUUGUCAAUGGUUCUGUCAGAUACUCAUGUUUCCAAACGAAGACAAGAGUCUGCCCAUCAUGGGGCCAACCAAAGUGAAUGACAUAAUUGCACCCUGGGAAGAUUUCAAGAAUGAAGGCCGAGAGUUGUUUGAACCAGUCCAGCUGCAGCUAAUCAACCACUUUUCUGGCGCAUGGAGAAGUGAAGCAAAUCUUAAGUCUGUGGCUGGUUUCAUGUUGGCAACAUUUUAUCAAGAGUUUUAUCCAUCACUAUUUAACCAUUUGAUUCAUCUGAAAAUGCACUGA